UAAAACUCUGUCUGUAAGCACCGCCCAUGUCGUGAUGUAACGGUUGAACGUGUUUGUGUUGUUAUGGAAACCGGGCGCGUGCACAGACGCUACAGUCUAACCACAGAGAUCCUGACGGAUAUUUCUUGUGGUUUGUGUGACGUCAGGUGUGAUGAGUGCUCAGGCUGUUUCAUCUCUGUUGGCUUCGGGUUCGAGCUGCAGCUCUGUUCCUGUGGAGCAUCUGGACUACAACUUCAUCCAGAGCUGCUCAGACCUUAAACAUCUCGAGCUAAUCCUGAACGUUCUGAGGUCCGGACAGGAGGGGUUUUACCCUCAUCUGAUCGACUUCUGUGAGAGACACAUGGAGAAACUGGACCCAAAGAACCGGUUCCUGUGGAAGGAGAAGCCAGCGGCCACAGCGGCCUGUUUCUCCUCAGAGGAAUGGAGUGACAUCACUGAAGAGCUUCAGCAGUGGGAGACAAACGUCAGAAUGAAUGAAGUCAAACUGAACGACAGCUUGAUGAUCUGUGAUGGUGACAGUGUUCCUGCCAUUCGCUGCUCAAACACACUUCAGGAAAACACCAGGAGUGAGGUGAAGAAACACAAGACAGCAUCUGUCCCGCGUGCUUACAGAGACUGGGACAGGUUUGAUGUGGAGAAGGAAUGUGCUAAAAUAGACGAGUGUGACAUGAAUCCUCCAGCGCUUAUCACUCGUCCAGUCCCUCAAGACAAACACACGAGAAACAGCGCAGCUUGUGUUGUUUCUUCAGCUCUGAGGGAGCAGGAGAUAGACGCUCUGGCCUGCCGUGAGAAAGACAAAGGCAAUGAAUCUUUCAGGAGUGGAGAUUAUGAGGAGGCUGUAGUGUGUUACACAAGGAGUUUGUCUCUGGUACCCUCAGCGGCAGCGUUUAAUAACCGUGCUCAGACUCACAUCAGACUUCAGCGCUGGUCGGCGGCUCUGAGCGACUGUCAGGCGGUGUUACAGCUGGAACCAGACAAUGUCAAAGCCCUGUUGCGUCGUGCCACUGUACACAAACAUCUGGAUCACCUGAAGGAAACCCCUGAUGAUGUGCUGAAAGAGCCACACAACACAACAGCUCAGAAGGUCCUGAAGGAGGAGACCGCAGCAGAGACUCAUCACAAGGAACACAGAGCGGGCCGCAAGCUCUUCAUACAGGAGUGUGAUGAUCCAGAAAUCAUGACAAACACACACAAUACUGAGAGUCCAGACACAGACAGAUCUGAGGAGAGCGUCCAGACAGACAGACGUGUCGGCCCCGCCCCGGGUACCACAAAAGUCCGGCCCACCGAACUCACGCACCUGAAGAACGAGGAACACUUGCUGCUGGGCAAGAAAGAAGAUCUGGAGAGAAACACACAUACUGUCUCUGAAAACACACAAGCAGAGACAAGGAGACGUUCUCCUUCAAAACCUCGCAGGAGUGUUCCCAUCACUGAGGUUGAGGAUGAGGAGGGUGAUGAAGCUCAAGACAGCGCUGUUAACCGGCCGUCUGUCAGUUUGCAGCCGUCGAAUGCGUUCGAGUUUGGUCAGGUACUGAACGCCGCCUGCGCUCGCGGUGAUCUGCUGACCUGUGCUGACCUCCUGCACAACAUCCCAUCUGAGCGCCUACCGCAGUACAUCAGCACGCAGCUGAAUGGACAAACCAUCAGCUUCAUCAUAAAAACACUGAACAAACACCUGCGCUCACACCCGCAGCUGCUCUAUGAACACCUGAAACACCUGCAGACCACACACAGAUUCUCUAUGGUGUUGAUGCUGCUGGACUCAGAGGACCGCUCACAGCUGAUGGACAUCUUUCAGAAUCUCAGUGUUGUGCAGACGCAAGCGUUUUCUCCAAAUGAUGUCAAGAGUUUGGCCAACAAAUACAUCUGAUGUGUGUGUUUCUGCUGCUAAACCAGGCGGUAAAUGAAGUUAAAGAAGUUGUGGACAGUCCUCACAUGUUCUGUGACAUCACUGACUGACAUCAUUACCAUCAGAACACAACAUCUUAACAUAUGAACUUAAAGUUACAGGUGAACUAAAAACACAUUGAGAGAAAACUCACGUGAUGAUCUGCAGGCUGAACUGUGAAAUAUCAGUGACAGAAAUCCUGUUGAGAGAGAGAGAAAUAUUUCAGCGGUUUAUAUUUCAAACCCUUUUUGUUUAGUGUACAUAUGUUUUUUAUCCAUCAGCAAUUGUUUUAAUUCCACCUUAUUGUUUGUUAUCUGUGUACAUUUAUUGUUAUAAUGCUUACAAUAUUGUACACAUAAUCGUUCCAUUAAAGUACUUUAAAUUGAACACAGAGAUACACACACACACGCACGCGUCUGGUUCUCAUUCAUUCAGUCUAUAGGUGUGAGUGAUGAUUAUUAUCCUGAACAAACUGUACAUUUUAUCCCGUAAUUCUAAAGAUCAU